AAUACCAAGUCCAUCUUGAAUUUUCUCACUAGCAUUUUUACAAUCUUGGCGCCGGCGCCAAAGUUCAGAGUGACGAUGAAUUGAAAUGAGAUGAAAGCGUUCAGGAUCCAGAAAUUGAAGAUCCUUCAUCCCAAAUUUGCUCGUCGGAAUUUUUUUCUUUCUACUGCUGUUAAUUUUUGUGAGUUAGAACCCCCAGAACCUGAAAAAUACCACGUUUGGCGCAGCUUCAACAGAAUAUCACUCCAGAGUUUGCACCAGAUCAUCCAAAAAUGUGCAAUAGAAAGAACAAUCCACCAAGGGAAGGUUUGCCAUGCCCAAAUCAUCAAGAUGGGAUGGAUAUCGGAGAAUGUUACUUCGAAUAUUCUCAUCAAUGCGUAUGCAAAAUGUGGCUGGCUGGCUGAUGCUCGGAAACUGUUCGACGAAAUGUGUUACAGAACCCUUGUUUCCUGGAACACUAUAAUUGGUGCCUACACCCAGAAUGGAUAUGCUGAAGAGGCUCUCAUUCUUCUGAAGGAGAUGCACCGACAUGGGAUGUCCCAAUUCAGUGAAUUCACCAUUUCAGGCGUUCUUUGUGCUUGUGCUGCGAAACUGGCCUUGAUUGAGUGCAAACAGUUGCAUGCUUUUGCGACAAAAGUUUCGCUUGAAACCAAUAUUUAUGUUGGUACCAGUCUUGUUGAUGUCUAUGGCAAGUGUAGUUUAAUAGAGGAUGCGGCUCGGGUUUUCGAGUGCAUGACAGAUAGAAAUGAUGUUACUUGGACUUCGAUGGUCGUUGGGUUCGUGAAAAAUGAGCUUUAUGAGGAAGCUUUUGUGCUGUUUAGAAGAGCACAGAGAGCCGGCUUAGAGUAUAACCAGUUUACUGUGUCUUCUGUGCUUUCAGCUUGUGCAGCUUUGGCUGCUUUGAUUGAAGGGAAUCAAGUGCAUGCUGUUGCUUGGAAACAUAAUUUUGCUGACAAUAUCUACAUAGCUUCCACUCUUAUAGAUUUGUACGCAAAAUGUGGGAUGAUUGAAGAUGGCUAUGCUAUUUUCUCAUCUACGGAUGAGAAGAACAUUGUGUUGUGGAAUGCUAUGGUUUCAGGGUUCGCUAGGCAUGGUAGAUCUUUAGAAGCUAUGAUAUUAUUUGAAAAAAUGCAACUAACUGGUUUGUUUCCAAAUCAAGUUACUUAUAUAUCGGUGCUCUCUGCGUGUUGCCACAUGGGUUUAGUUGAAGAAGGGAGGAAAUACUUUGACAUGAUCACUGCAGAGCAUAAUAUGUCUCGGAAUGUCUUCCAUUAUUCCAUCAUGGUGGACAUUCUAGGCAGGAGUGGUCUAGUUCAAGAAGCUAAGAAUUUGAUAGAUGAAAUGCCAUUUGAAGCUACCCCUUCCAUGUGGGGAUCGCUUUUAGCAGCCUGCAAAGUACAUAAGAAUGUUGAGCUGGCGGAAGUAGCAGCUAAACAUUUGUUUGAGAUGGAACCAGAUAAUGCGGGAAAUCAUGUCUUACUCUCCAAUGCAUAUGCCUCAAGGAGAAGGUGGGAGGAUGUUGCGUUGGCCAGGAAACGUCUCAAAGAUAGUAAAGUCAAGAAAGAGAGGGGCAAGAGUUGGAUUGAAGUUCAGGGCCAGGUUCAUGUAUUUAUAGCCGGAGAGCGGCUUCAUCCAAGGAUUGCUGAAGUAUACACGAGGCUUGAUGGUUUUGUUGAGGAAAUGAAGGAGCAAGGCUAUAAAGGUGCAAAUGAACAUGAACUGCAUGAUGUGGAUGAGAACAGAAAGCAGGAACUACUGAAGCACCACAGUGAAAAACUAGCUUUUAUUUUCGGGUUAAUGUCCUUACCUUCAGGGGUGCCUAUAAGAAUCAUGAAGAACCUUAGGAUAUGUGGUGAUUGUCAUUCUUUUAUGAAGAUGGCGUCCGGCAUCAGCGAAAGGCAGAUCAUUGUCAGGGAUAACAACCGAUUUCACCAUUUCAGAAAUGGGGUUUGCUCCUGUGGCGAUUUCUGGUAGUAGGCUGAAUUCGGAUGCACUGCGGUUUUGGUAGGAAACGUAACUAGGAUCCUCUAGACAUCCUGUCUAGAUGAAAGGAUUGACUGUGGGAUGGGAUGACCAGUCGACAUACAAUUUCAACAACAGAAUAAAUAUUUUUUGACAUUUACAUAAUUACAUUGAUACCUACAAAUGAAAGAAAUUUUUUUAAUCUAAUAGGUAUUAAAAAGUUCAAUAAUUAUGUGUCUCAAGGUAUUUAUUUUGAAUGGCU